AUGGAGACUGAGUCCAAAGGAACAUGGUCAUGGUUUCUCCAAAAUUUGGGAGAAACAAUUGGUCUUUCUUUAUAUCCUCUGUGUUUUAUUUCAGAUAUGGAGAAGGGUUUGGGAGAGGCUGUAAAAGAUGUAUAUCCUGAAGCUGAACAUAGAAUUUGUAUUCGUCAUUUGUGGAAGAACAUUAAAAAAAAAUUUCACUGUAAAGAUGGCCAAAAAGUGCAUGGACUUGUCUGGGAGGCCGCUAAUGCUUACACAAAUACAGAGUUCAAUGAGAAGCUAGUAGAACUAUGUCAUUUGAGCCAUGCAGUUUACUCGUAUCUUAUUUCAUUACCAUAUAAGUGGUCAAGGAGUCAGUUUAUGAUUGGGAUAUGUCAUUCUGCAAAUACCAACAAUUUUGCCGAGUCAUUUAACUCAUGGGUUAAUGAUGCUAGAACUAAACCUGCCGUGGACCUCAUCGAUUUGAUCCGGGGAAAGCUUAUGGUACAAAGAGCUCAUCGAAGGAUGAGUAGCUUGAGUUGGCAACAUGAGUUAGUCCCAAAUGUGGAGGAAUAUAUUAGAAACAUCACAAUGCGGAAAGAUCAUUUUGUUGUUCGGCAAUCUAGCCUUUUCACGGUUGAGGUGGAGGGACUUCAUUCAAGACAUAUUGUCGAUAUUGAACAAAGAAUCUGCAGUUGCAGAGUGUGGCAGUUAAUUGGUUUACCUUGCAUUCACGCUGUGGCUUAUGGGGCAUCAUAG